CAUAUCCACCACAACUGUCAAGUCACCAUGGUUCGAAAACUCAAGCAUCAUGAGCAAAAGCUCCUCCGAAAAGUCGACUUCACAACCUACAAGAGCGACAAUAACCACCGCGAGCACCAGAUCAUCCGCCGCUAUGCGAUCCAGAAGCCCACAGACUACCAGAAAUACAAUAGCAUCGCCGGAUCGCUGAAACAGCUAGCACACCGACUCGCCGCUCUAGACCCCGCAGACGCCUUCAGACGAAAGCAUGAGGAUCUACUAUUAGAAAAGCUCUUCGACAUGGGCAUCCUUGGCACCGGCGGUGGCGGUCGCGGCAAACUCAGCGACGUGGAGCAUAAAGUCACAGUCUCAGCCUUCGCCCGUCGGCGGCUAGGCGUGGUGAUGACACGGCUGCGCAUGGCGGAUACGUUACAAGCCGCUAUCAAAUUCAUAGAGCAGGGUCAUGUGAGGGUGGCGACGGAGGUUGUGACGGAUCCGGCGUUUUUGGUGACGAGGAAUAUGGAAGACUUUGUGACUUGGGUGGAUUCGUCGAAGAUCAAGAGGAAUAUCAUGAAGUAUCGGGACAAACUGGACGACUUCGAUCUUGCGAUGCUGUAAGGGUGGUCGUGGGUUUCAAACUUGUUUUGGCAUAGCAUUUGAAGGCGUUUCAAAGAGGGAUAGAACUUGGGAUCUUACGGCGUGGAGUUCGGUUGGGAGAACAGAGAUUCAUAGCCUCAUAGUAAGGACGAUUUCGCGUCUCUGGGAUUAGAUACCAUGAUCGACAGGUGGCUCAUACCCCUGAGUACCUCCACAGUCAUAUAUACACGACCCGAUUUCUCGAAACAGCGUCCU